GAUAUAUGUUUAAUUGUUUUGAUAGAAACCUACAAAACUUCAAAAAUCAUGAAACUAAUAACAUCCUUUGUACUUACGGUUGUAUGGUAUGGAUAUACUGAUUCAAAAUCAGUUUCAACGUACAGGUAUAGGGCAAUUGUUGGAGAUACAGUGACACUGUUUUGUCCAGAGAAAUCCCGAAAGUCUGUUAUAUGGUACGGUCCUUCAGACUACAUGCCUUAUAGUGAAAAUGAACGAAUAAAUCCUGUAUUUAUUAGCAAAAAGAUCGUUACAUCUGGGAAUCAUACAACGGGAGAAUAUAAUCUUGAAAUUCGCAAUGUAUCGUACUCCAAUGAAGGAAAUUACAGGUGCAUAUUACUGAAGAGUAGGCCCGUGGAAUAUGAUAUUUCGUUAGAAAUAGAAGAUAAACCACAACCUGUUAAUGAGACAACUGACUACUAUAAACCAUAUGAAAAGCAUACGGAAACCAGCUCUACUGAAACUGCCAUACAGAAUACCAUAAUUCAGGAUGGAUAUGAUAUCAACAACUUCAGCAAGAUCAUUCGGCAUAAAGAUUGCACAAACAGUAAUGACAACGAAUUUCAUUUCAUAUUCGUAUGCAUAGCUUCAAUAGUAAUUAUAGUUGUAACUGUUUCCUGCAUCGGUAUUUUGACAUCAAUAUACUACAAGAAUAAAUAUAAAGAACGAAAUGUUCAAGUAGUUGAAAUAACACAUGACUACGAGGAAAUCGAAAGCGUGAAUGGUGACUUGAUACUAGGCGAAACAGUUAUUGAUGAACAAAUAGUCGAAGCAAGCAUUACAGUUAUCGGAAUAGUGGAAAGCAUAACACUGACAUCGGAUACCAAUAUUGAAGAUAAAAACGAAUUGAAUCUUGAAAAAUGUCUAAUACAAGAGUCAAAAGAAAAAAAUGUGCUUGCAACCUUUUGUCAGAGCGAGACAGAUUUAAUUACUGUAUAUGAAAACCAUAGCAAUGAUAUUGAAGAUCCAGAUGCAUACCUUCAUCCGUAUGACACACUAGGACCAGAAGACUACCUUAACCCAUACCAACCACUGCAGUUACGAUAAAGUUAUG